AUGUCUUCCUCUCUCGACCAGCUCAAGGCCACCGGCACCGUCGUCGUCAGCGACUCUGGCGACUUUGCCUCCAUUGCCAAGUACAAGCCCCAGGAUGCCACCACCAACCCUUCCCUCAUCCUCGCCGCCUCCAAGAAGGCCGAGUACGCCAAGCUGAUUGACGAGGCCGUUGCCUCCGCCAAGAAGCAGGGUGGCUCCGUCGACGAGCAGGUCGACAACGCCCUCGAUGCCCUUCUCGUCGAGUUCGGCAAGGAGAUUCUCAAGGUCGUUCCCGGCAAGGUUUCCACCGAGGUUGACGCCAGCCUCUCAUUCGACACCAAGGCCUCCGUCGACAAGGCCCUGCACAUCAUUGACCUGUACAAGGCCCAGGGCAUCUCCAAGGACCGCGUCCUGAUCAAGAUCGCCUCCACCUGGGAGGGUAUCAAGGCCGCCGAGAUCCUUCAGCGCGACUACGGCAUCAACACCAACCUGACCCUGAUGUUCUCCAUCACCCAGGCUAUCGCCGCCGCUGAGGCCGGUGCCUACCUCAUCUCCCCCUUCGUCGGCCGUAUUCUCGACUGGUACAAGGCCGCCCACAAGAAGGAGUACACCAAGGAGGAGGACCCCGGUGUCAAGUCCGUCGGCACCAUCUUCAACUACUACAAGAAGUUCGGCUACAAGACCAUUGUCAUGGGUGCCUCCUUCCGCAACACUGGCGAGAUCACCGAGCUUGCCGGCUGCGACUACCUCACCAUCUCUCCCAACCUCCUUGAGGAGCUCCUCAACUCCGACGCCCCCGUCCCCAAGAAGCUCGACGCCGCCGCUGCCUCCAGCCUCAACCUUGAGAAGAAGUCCUACAUCAGCAACGAGCCCCUCUUCCGCUUCGACUUCAACGAGGAGCAGAUGGCCGUCGAGAAGCUCCGUGAGGGUAUCUCCAAGUUCGCCGCUGAUGCCAUUACCCUCAAGGACAUCAUCAAGCAGAAGGUCCAGGCAUAA